GCCAACAAAGCCUAAGGUUGGUACCCACCAUCUUGAUGGCACCAUCGUACCUCAGUGACAGAAGACGUACUCUGAUGCAACUAUAGUAGCACUAUCUUCUAGUUAUAACGAUACCACUGCAACAUUGGAAACCACCACCUAUCGGCUACCAGAUAACCAACCAUUGCACGAACAGGCUAAGAUGAGAAGGCUUUAAGCUUACCAGCCAUGCAUUCUACAGCUCUGGUCGGGCUGCAGCUGUUUCUGCUGCUGCUCUCCUUGGCCUCUCCUGCCAGCUCAUGCACCGAGCAGGAGGAGCACUCCCUCCUCCAGUUCCUCACAGGGCUAUCUCAAGAUGCCGGCCUUGCCGUGUCAUGGAGAAACGGCACGGACUGCUGCAAAUGGGAAGGCAUAACCUGCAACAGGGACGGGGACGUCACUGAGGUCUCGCUGGCAUCUAGAGGGCUUGAAGGCCGCAUCUCGCCGCACCUUGCCGGUCUCACCGGCCUGCUGUGUGUCAACCUUUCACACAACUCAUUCUCCGGAGGCCUUCCUCCGGAGCUCAUGUAUUCCAGAAGCAUCAUCGUCCUCGACGUCAGCUUCAGCAGGCUUAGUGGGGUGCUGCACGAGCCGCCAUCUUCGGUCACCACCACCCUGCCUCUGCAGGUACUGAACAUCUCGAGCAACCAAUUUGGUGCAGAAUUUCCAUCACACACAUGGAAGGUGAUGCAGAAUUUGGUCGUGCUCAACGCCAGCAACAACAGCUUCACCGGGCACAUACUACCUUCUCUUUGCCUCUCGCCGUCAUUGGCCGUGCUUGACCUUUGUUACAACCAAUUGAGUGGCGGUAUUCCUGCUGCACUUGGUGAUUGCUCCAUGCUCAAAGUGUUCAAGGUUGGGCACAACAAACUAAGUGGCACUCUCCCUGUUGAACUCUUCCAUGCCACUUCCCUGGAGCAUCUCUCCAUCCCCAACAACGGAUUACAAGGAGAACUCGAUGGAGCAAACAUGGUAAAACUCAGUAAUCUGGUUACUCUCGACCUCCGAGAAAACAAAUUCAGUGGGAAGAUCCCAGGCUCCAUAGGUCAGUUGAAGAGGCUAGAGGAGCUCUAUUUGGGUAACAAUAACAUGUCUGGGGAGGUGCCAUCAACUCUGAGUAACUGCACGCGUCUCAUGAUCAUCGAUCUGAAGAUCAACAACUUCAGCGGAGAUCUAGGCAGGGUCAACUUCUCCACCCUACAGAACCUGACACAUUUAGAUGUUUUGAGAAAUAACUUCAGUGGCAUAGUUCCAGAAAGCAUAUACUCAUGCAGCAAUUUGAUUGCGCUGCGGGUGUCGUUGAACCAUUUCCAUGGUGAGAUCUCACCAAGGAUAGGGAAUCUGCACCUAUCCUUCCUAUCACUUGCUAGAAACCCUUUUACAAAUAUCACAAAAGCUUUUCAUGUCUUCAAUGGCUUCAGGAACAUCACCACUCUGAUUAUUGCCGAGAACUUUGUGAAUGAGAUGAUGCCACAAGAUGAGACUCUAGAUGGUUUUCGGAAUCUUCAAUAUAUCCACAUGGCCGACAGCGCAUUAACCGGACACUUGCCAGUUUGGUUACCAAAGCUCAGAAACUUGAAGGUACUAAAGUUAUCCAACAAUCGACUUACUGGACCAAUGCCAAGCUGGAUCAACUCCCUACAUAGCCUCUUCUAUCUGGAUGUAUCAAACAACAGUUUUGCUGGGCAAAUCCCAAUCGCCUUGAUGGAGAUCCCAAUGCUCAAAGAUAAUACAGCAGCUUAUUUGGAUCCUGGCCACGUUGAACUACCUCUUUUUUGGAGGAAUAUAUCGCGCCAAUACCAUUUUCUUACAGCUUUCCCUACACUCUUGAAUCUGGGCAUCAACAAUUUCACAGGCGUGAUUCCAUCGGAGAUUGGCCAACUGAAAGUGCUUUCUGAACUCGACUUCAGCUCAAACAAAUUAUAUGGACUGGUUCCGCUGUCGAUCUGCAACCUCACGAAGCUGGAGGUGCUAGACUUGUCUAAUAACCAUCUGAGGGGUGUAAUCCCUGCGGCAUUGGAGAGUCUUCACUUCCUUUCUGCACUCAACAUUUCUAACAAUGAUUUAGAAGGGCCUGUACCAACAGGAGGCCAGUUGAGCACUUUUCCAGAUUCCAGUUUUGAUGGGAACCCAAAGCUGUGUGGCACUAUGCUUAUUCACCAGUGUAGCUCAGUCAGAGCACAUCCUAUAUACAUUAUCUCUGCAAAACAGCCCAGCGUCAAGGUCAUAUUUUUUAUUGCCUUUGGUUUGUUCUUUGGAGUAGGCGUGAUAUAUGACCAGCUAGUGUUAUAUAGGUAUUUUGGCUCAGCCCAUUUCAAUUGUAAUUUGUUCUAAUAUUCAACGGAUAGAGGUAAA